GACUGCGAGCAACACGCGGGAACAAAACUGUCUGAUUCAUUGCGCUCUAAAUUAGUGUCAAAUAUAAAUCAGCGGGUUUUUUUAUUUUGUAUUAUUAUUAUUUUUACGUGCAAAUAAUUCGGUUAGGUCUGCUUACAUUUUUGUCUGUACCAGUUACUUUAAACAAAGGGGAUGUUUACAUCUAAGCUGCUGACCCUGGUGCUCAUAGUGCAGCCUGGCCGGGUGUUACUGGGCAUGAAGAAAAGAGGGUUUGGAGCUGGUAAAUGGAAUGGAUUCGGAGGUAAAGUCCAGACAGGAGAGACUAUAGAACAAGCUGCGAGACGGGAACUUUUGGAGGAAAGUGGCCUCACCGUUGACACCCUCUAUAAGAUUGGAAAUAUCAAAUUUGAGUUUAUUGGGGAAACAGAGCUGCUGGAUGUUCACAUUUUCAGAGCUGACACAUAUAAAGGAGAACCAGCAGAAUCAGACGAGAUGAGACCGCAGUGGUUUGACACAGAUAAAAUACCUUUCAGCCAGAUGUGGGCAGAUGAUGUUCUGUGGUUCCCCCUGAUGCUUCAGAAAAAGAAAUUCUUAGGAUAUUUUAAAUUCCAGGGUCAUGAUGUGAUAGUGGAGCAUAAACUGGAGGAGGUGGAGGACCUUUGAUCGGAUUUUCAAAAUAACUGGUAUACAUCACUGUUUCAGUGGAACUGAUCUGACAUGGGCUGGUUGUCACACUACUGGGGAUAUGAGCUGCAUGGAUAUGCCAUGGUAUGUGAGAUACUGUGAAAUAUCCAGUGCUUUACCUUACAGGCAUAAGUCUGCAUGUUUUGCGUAAAUUGCUAUUGUAUGAGAAUAAUGUUCCUUUACAUGUUUUCCAUUAUUUAGAUGUGCCAUUCAUAAUUUUGUUAAAAAAAAUGGUGAAAUCCUUCUGAUCACACAUGAUAUCUCUUUGUUUGAGGGAAUUAUGCCUACGUAUUUGCAUAUAUUGUCAUAUGUGAUCAACAAUAUAAAUAAAAUGUAGUACACAAAA